AUGUCAUUUAGUUUAAAGAUAGAAAAAGCUUAUCGUGCAAUUGUCAACCUCUCUUCCACUGCCGGUGAUAUGGGUAUAUUGGCUAAACAUCUUGCUACGAUCCAACAACUGAAACCAGGUGUUGUGGGAGUUGUAGAAAACCCUACUACAACAAAGAAGUUUUUCUCGAGGCUUUCCACUCCACUCGAACAUUUUUCUAUCGAAGCCAUACGUGCUAAUCUAGCCGAAGCUCAGCGUCUAUCCGCUAGUAGUACAACUGAACAGAACGCGCUGCUGCAAAGGUUGAAUCUGAGGUCUUUGAAAAGAGUUGAUAGCAGUAAUAGGAGUGGAAUGAGACUCGCUGGGUUUUAUGCACGAUUCGGCUAUGGAAUGGGUCCUGGUGCGCGUAAGGAUAGUAGUCUAU